CCGAGACAUUUUCCCUACUCUAGAAAGCACAACAGAGAUGUGUCCCAGAGCAACGCACCCAUUGUUCCGACCCACACUGCUGGAUAUUCAUGACGCUUUAUCAAACACUUUACAUGAAACACAGUGUGGGGUUUAACUUCCUGCCUCCAUGCUAGUUAUAUGCUCCCUGGACGUCCGGGCUAAAACAUACCAGGUGUCCCAGACGGAGGUGAUCAGCUAUGCUAAGUUCUGCAGAUACCAGAUUGAUCUGCAGCGGGUUCUUGGCGCUUGCAGUUUCAGGUUUACCUGCACACGACCUCGAGAGUCACGUGACAUCUGGAAAUGGUGCUUCCGACCAGUCUGACUUCAACUACACCGUGACAUUAGGCGGUGUUGUUCUGACAGUCAUCAUUGUCCUCCUGGCGCUGUGUGUCAGAGGCCAGAAGGAGGCGACAUCUGGUGACGGGGUAAAAGAUAUCUAUGCCGUACCGAACAAACAGGCAAAGAAAAAAUCAAAACGAGAAGAAAAAGCAGAGAAGGGAGAAGGGGAGAAAACCGGGGAUGACGUGAUGCAAGCCAACGCUCUGUACACGGAGUAUAAAGAAAGUAAACAAGUAUCAAGGAAAGUUCGAAAACAAAAGAAAAAGAAACCGAAAAAGACAGGAAAAACAGAAGCUGUGUAUGAGAACGUCGACGACGGGAAUACGGGUAACAAUACAGAGAAAGUACAAGACGUGUAUGCUGUACCGAACAAAAAGGCCAAGAAACGGUCAAAACGAGCACAAGAAUGUCAGGCCCAGAUGUAUGAAAAUGUGGAGAUCUAAGAAUGCCCGGAUAUUGGAUGAUUAAUGCCGUGCAUCGUGCACCGUGCACUAAGAGCACACAGGUGGUCAUGAGAGGGAGGUGACCACAUCGUCACAAACACACCUGCAUGUUUACCUUUGUGACAUGUAAUUGCCCUCCUUCAGCAGCCGGAGACAUCCACCAUAGCACCAUACACAGCUUAUUGCUCCUUGUUCCCACACUGCGGCUACGGGGGCGGUGGGGUACCUAGUGGUUAAAGCGUUCGCUCGUCACGCCGACGACCCGGGUUCAAUUCCCGACAUGGGUACAAUGUGUCAAUAUCAAUUACUGGUGUCCCAGCCGUGAUAUUGUUGGAAUAUUGCUAAAAGCGGCGUAAAGCAAUACUCACUCACUGCGGUUACGUUAGUGAAUCUAGAUGCUUGGGUCGACAACUGUCAUAUUAGUAGUACCUUUCAAGCCUAUGUCCAGAGACUGCGUCAUGGGACCGUGAAGGUCCGGGGUAGAAUAGGUCUUCAGCAACCCAUGCUUGCCGAAAGAGGCGACUAUGCUUGUCAUAAGAGGCGACUAACGGGAUCGGGUGGUCAGGCUCGCUGACUUGGUUGAUGCAUGUCAUCGUAUCACAAUCGCAUUGGACGAUGAUCAUGAUGUCAGUCACUGGAUUGUCUGGUCCAGACUCGAUUAUUUACAGACCGCCGUCAUAUAGAUGAAAUAUUGCUGAGUGCGGCGUUAAACAACAGACAAACAAACAAACGUACGUCAUGUAUGAUGACAUAUGACCUCUUGGAUUGUAGUGUCACUCUGCCUGCCUGACUUGUCAAUUACUGUCAUUAUCAGAAGACAAGGUAGCAAUGCAUGAUUGUCUGUUUGGAUAUAGCCUUACAUAGCAUUUUGCCUGUAUUGCACGUUAGCCUUGUAUGGUUCUCUGUCAAUAAGAAGCAUAAUCCCUUGAUGAUUGUUUGCUAAUCACUCCGUCAUCAUGCUGUGCGUAGCAGUGACUGCCUGUCACGACACUGUAGGUAGGCGUGACUUCCUGUCAAGACACUAUAGGUAGGCGUGACUGCCUGUCAAGAUAAUGUAGGUAGGCGUGACUGCCUGUCAAGACACUGUAGGUAGGCUUGACUGCCUGUCAAGACACUGUAGGUAGGCGUGACUUCCUGUCAAGACACUAUAGGUAGGCGUGACUGCCUGUCAAGAUAAUGUAGGUAGGCGUGACUGCCUGUCAAGACAUUGUAGGUGGGCUUGGCUGCCUGUCAAGACACUGUAGGUAGGCGUGACUUCCUGUCAAGACACUGUAGGUAGGCGUGACUGCCUGUCAAGACAUUGUAGGUAGCCGUGACUGCCUGUCAAGACACUGUAGGUGGGCUUGGCUGCCUGUCACGACACUGUAGGUAGGCGUGACUUCCUGUCAAGACACUGUAGGUAGGCGUAACUGCAUGUCAAAACACUGUAGGUAGGCGUGACUGCCUGUCAAGACAUUGUAGGUAUUCGUGACGUUCUGUCAAGACGGUGUGGGUAGGCGUGACUGCCUGUCAAGACAUUGUAGGUAGUCGUGACUGCCUGUCAAGACACUGUAGGUAGGCGUGACUUCCUGUCAAGACAUUGUAGGUAGGCGUGACUGCCUGUCAAGACAUUGUAGGUAGCCGUGACUGCCUGUCAAGACACUGUAGGUAGGCGUGACUUCCUGUCAAGACACUGUAGGUGGGCUUGGCUGCCUGUCACGACACUGUAGGUAGCCGUGACUGCAUGUCAAGUCACUGUAGGUAGGCGUGACUGUCUGUUACAUAUGUGUGAUUCUCUGUAGUCUUUUAUGACUGUCUACAAUGAAGGCAUGGUGUUGUAUAGAUAGUGUAAUCUAUAAAUAUGACGACAUCACUGUUUCAUGUAUGUCUCUCCAUUAGUCAGACACCCCACUUGUCAGUUAGCAUAUAAUCACUUUCUGAAAAUAAGGGUAAUAUCGGAAUAACCCAGGUGAAUCCGUUGAAACAGGUCAAACCUCUAGUUUCUUCUAUGCAGUUACAGAGGUACCAUCCCAAGCGGUAUUAAAGACGUAUUUUGUAAUGUUCAGCGCAGACUUUGGCCAUCUCAACUGUAUUGGCGUGGACAUUUAUUAUUUCUUUACUCCUUGUCUCAUUAUUCUCAUUGAUAUAUCUGUUUGAAUGUGUUAAUCAGGAUUAGAAUAUAUUUUAGAAAUGGCAGUUAUUUUUAAGUAUAACAUUGAGUUAUUUUAACAUAAUAUGGGAAAAUUAAUGAACUGCUAUACGAGAUGAAUAGCACGAUGUGUUAAUUGCGUUUCCCUACUGCAAUUUGGACUGAUCCAUUGUAACAUUGUAACAAUAGUCACUCAUAAAACCAACUACAUAUCACUCACCCACUCACACAUUAAACC